AUGAGUCAACCAAUAGAAUUUUGGUCGCAUAAAAUUGGGCCGAAUCCUUGGAAGAAUGUAAUUGUCUUCGAGGAACUGGGCAUUCCAUACACAACCAACUUUCUGGACUUUGGUGAUAACGAAGGAGGCGUCGAGCACCCUGAUUUCCUCAAGAAGAACGCUGCAGGACGAGUCCCGCUCAUAAACGAUCCCGCAACUGGUAUGAUUCUGACAGAAUCUAACGUUAUUAACCACUAUUUGGUCGACCAUUAUGACAAAAGCCACAUAUUCGCCCCCAACUCAGAGCAAGAUAAGUAUCUCGUUGAUAAAUAUCUCGGUUUUCAGAGUAGUGCACAAGCUCCGUUUUUCGCUCAGACACUUCAACUGAAGAGAAAGGGCAACGCAGAUGGAGUUGUUCAUUUCCAGAAUCUCGUAAAGAGGACUCUUCGGACCGUUGAUGACGAGCUGGAAGGGAAAGAAUACCUCGUAGGCGGCAAAUGCACCCUAGCGGAUCUGGCCUUCGUCCCAUGGGAUCUCAUGUUGGACGCUGUCCUUCAAGGAGACGCCGAGGCCGAGACUGCCCAGGCCAGACAGCAGCUAUUCCCUAAUUGGUACAGAUGGCACACCAAGAUCGUUCAGAGGCCGAGUGUUCAGAAAAUGAUUACAUUGAAGAAGGAGGCUAAUUCCAACUGA